AUGCCUCCUCGCAUAUCGCUCUCGUCCCCUCGCGCGACCGCGACAUCCAUCCGCCGCCUCUACUCCACCGAAACCGAAUCUCUCAUCCGCGUCACCAACAUCCCCUCUGCUUCCUCUGGCCACAUUCGCGUCCUCGAGCUCAACCGCCCCAAGGCCCGAAACGCCAUCUCCAAGGCCCUCCUGACCGCUCUCCGCGCACAAGUCGACGACGUCCAUGCGCAGUAUGGUCCCAAUGGCGAGGAGACGGGCGUAGCUAGUCCCGGCGUCAGCGCCAACCUGGGACCAACGAGGGCCUUGGUGUUGGCCAGCGCCGUCGAUGCCUGUUUCUGCGCCGGCGCGGAUUUGAAGGAGCGCAGGGGGUUCACGCAGGAAGAAUUUGGGCUCGUCUCGCCGCGGAAGCUCACCAUCGCCCAUUUAUAUAGAACGGCUGCAUUCCUCGCCAAUCUCCGCGGCACAUUCACCACCCUCUCCAACCUUCAAAUCCCCACCAUAUCAGCCAUCUCGUCCCUCGCCCUCGGUGGCGGUCUCGAACUCGCUCUCUCGACACACUUCCGCGUCCUCUCGUCCAAUGCAACCAUCGGCCUGCCGGAAACGCGGCUUGGCAUCAUCCCCGGCGCAGGCGGCACCCACCGUCUCCCAGCCAUCAUUGGCCUCUCCAGAGCCCGAGACUUGAUCCUCACGGGCCGCCGUGUUGCAGCGCCGGAGGCGUACUUUAUGGGCAUUGCGGAUCGUCUGGUGGAAGUGGUGCCCCAAGACGAGCGUGAUGCUUCGGAUAUUUUGCCCGCCGCCCGUAAGACUACCCUAGCAGAGGCAGUUAGACUCGCCCAGGAGAUUUGCGAGGGUGGACCAGUCGCUAUCCGCGCCGGGUUGCAGGCCGUUGCGUGGGCGAGACAAGAGAAGGAGAAUGAGAUGUAUGAGAGGGUGGUGGCGACAGAGGAUAGGAAUGAGGCGUUGAAGGCAUUCCAGGAGAAGAGAAAGCCUGUGUUCAAGGGGCGGUAA